CCCAGGGGGACUGGAAGGAAGAAAUGCAGGAUGCCUGGCAGAGAGUCGAGAGAUUCUUUCAAAAUCUUUGCUUUCGAGAUCUGCUGGUUCUGGACGAAGAAGUCAGGGUGCUGAAGGUGGUGAAGAAUUUGAAUCACCUCUGAAGUAGCUAUCAUAACAUUUUAAGCAACAAAGAAAAUGCCUAGAACAAAGUUGGACUGAAACUAAAGACCUUAUUGAUAAAUAAGUUUACCAGUUAUGAAUGGUGAAUUACCGGGCGGCUCUUUGGGGAAGGGCACAACGCUGAACCACAGCUCCGACCUGGACAUGGUUCUGUUCCUGAGCUGCUUUACCAGCUUCCAAAAGCAGGCAAGCCUCCGAGGAUUCAUCAUUGACUUCAUUGAGAAGAGAUUUGAUCACUGUAGUGAGAGCCUGGCCUACAACAUCGCUGUGGUUCACCACAGACCGGGACCCAGAGAACCUCGCUCCCUGACUCUACAGGUCCACCCCAGGAAGAGCAGUGAUGUCAUUCGCAUGGAUGUGGUCCUGGCCUUUGAUGCCCUGGGAUCCCUUUGCCUGGACUCUAAACCAGCACCAGAAAUCUAUGAAGAUUUAAUAAAAAGCUGCAGCCAUCCUGGGGAGUUUUCACCAAGCUUCACAGUGUUACAGAGGGACUUUGUGAAAAGGCGCCCUAUUAAACUGAAAAACCUCCUGCGGCUGGUGAAGUUCUGGUACCUGAAGUAUGUGAAACCUCAGUACCGAAAAGUAGCUCUGCCCCCAAAAUAUGCACUGGAGCUACUGACCAUCUAUGCCUGGGAAAUGGGAACUGACCAACAAGAGAACUUCAACAUGGAUGAAGGACUUCUGGCUGUGAUGACACUCCUCAGGGAUUAUGAAGACAUUUGCAUAUACUGGACCAAGUAUUAUGAUUUCCAAAGUGAGAUUGUCAGAAAUUUUAUCAAACAACAAUUGAAGAAGAGCAGGCCCAUUAUCCUAGACCCAGCUGAUCCCACCAACAACCUAGGCAAGGGAAGAAGAUGGGAUCUGGUGGCCAAAGAGGCUGCUUACUGCCUGCAGCAGGCCUGCUGCUUGACUGAAGACCCCAGCCAGGCCUGGCAUGUACAGCAAGCACGGGAUGUGCAGGUGACAGUGAAACAGGCAGGGAAAGAGGACUGGACACUCUCAGUGGAUCCCUACAGCCCUAUCAGGAAGAUGAAGGCAGAGAUCAAGAUGAGAAAUGACAUCUGUGGGUAUCAGCGUCUCUCCUUCCAGGAGCCAGGAGGGCAGAGGCAGCUGCUCGGCAGCCGGCAGACCCUGGCACACUAUGGGAUCUUCUCUAAGGUGAACAUCCGGGUGUUGGAGACCUCCCUUGAUGAAAUCCAGGUCUUUGUGAAGGAUUCUAGUGGCCAGAGCAGGCCUUAUGCCAUAAAUCCUGAUGACACUAUCCUUGACUUGAAAGAGGUAAUUGAAGAAGCUGGAGGACCUUGUGUGGAGGAUCAGAUAUUGAAGUUCCAGGGUCGGAAACUGAAAAAUGAUCAGUGCCUUGAAGACCUAGAGAUCAAAGAUUGUGACACCAUCCUGCUCAUUAGGAGAAGCUGAAAGUCCCCAGGACUCCCUGUGGUCAGGCUGCUCGUGAUGUAGACUCCUAUGGUCCUGUUCCCCCAUCCCACCCCUUUCUACUCACUGUGCUCUUUUUGAAGCCUAAAUAUGAACACACCCCUCCCCUGCCUAAAAGUCUUCAGUGUCUCCCCAUUACCUACAGAGUGAAGUUCAAGUUCCUCUCCUUGACAUUCAAGAUCCCUUCCUUACCCCUCAAUCUCUCCUCACCUUCUAAAGCACACCAGAUGUUCCCUAACACUUGCAAUUCCAGAACACUAACUGCUGGGUCACAACUCCAUCACUUUAGGUCACCUGUCCAUGUUUCCAUCUUUCAAUCCCCAAACAUCUAAAUCACUGAAUCUCAAAGUAUGAACCUCACACCAGCAGAAUCAGGAUCACUUCGGAACUUCUUAGAAAGGAAAAUUCUCAGCUUCUCUCCCAGACUUAACCUGAGUCAGACUCUCAGGUGGUCAGACUCAGCAGCUUGUGUCUUAAUAGGCCUUCCAAGUAAUUUUAAUGCGUGCUCCAUUUGGAUACCACUGCUGUAUGCUCCAUACAGUUGGCCAACUCAUCCUCUUCCUUUAUCAUUUCCCUUCACUCAGAUUUAACUUCCCUGAAAGUACCUGAAGCCUUCACUGUGUUCCUUUGGAUCAUCUAUUCCCUGGUCUAACGAAACUUGCCAAAAACUAUGUCUUAGUGCUUGUCCCCUGUGUUCUACAAUGGUACCUGCCCAGUAUCAACCCUUGGCACAUACUUGCUAAAUAAAGGAAUGAGCCAAAAAAAA